AUGCAACAUCCGUUGCACCCGGAACAUAACCUUGAGAUCACUCAAAGAUUAUGGGAAAAAUGCCAUGGCUGCUGUGAAAAAUGGACGGGCUACCUAUAUGAAUGUUCUCGCUGCAAUUUUUACCUUGAUCAAAACUGCGCUUUUCUCCCCCUCACCAUAAAAGCUGAAAGUCAUGACCAUCUUUUGAUUCUCCUUCGAAAAUCAUUCUCGUUCACUUGCGAUACUUGUGGGAAAGAAGGCAAGUGCAUGUCCUACUUUUGUAUCACCUGCUCAUUCGUAGUUCACACGCGAUGCGCUCUCUUUCCAUUGACUCUCAAAGUAACACAUCACAGCCACCCUCUGAGUCUGAAUAUCAUGAAAUACUCUCCUCAGCUCAACCAAUCCGACAAUCAGCAAAUUUGCCAACUCUGUAUUCAAAAGGUGGACACAAAAUACAAAUGUUAUUAUUGCUCGACUUGUGAUUUUGUUGCACAUCCUCUGUGUGCUGCAAAGAUAGACAUCAGGGAUGAAACAUUUGACCCGGAAAUAUUCAGAUAUGAGCAGCCUAUUGAUCAGCCUAUUGACACAUUAGCUCAAAUUGUCAACAAGAUCACCCUGGGAAACGGAAAAGCUGAAAUCGUCACAGAGAUCAAACAUAUAUGGCAUGAACAUCACUUAAAGCUUGCAGUAGAGCUAGAGAACAACGAAAAAUGCAACGGGUGUGCGCAGUAUCUCUCCUUUCCGUAUUAUUGUUGUUUACAAUGCAAGUUCUUUCUUCACAAAUCUUGUGCUGAUUUACCAAGAGAAAAAUUACACCGACUCCAUGACCAUCCUCUCACCCUCCUCCCAAACAAAUCUCAUAAAUAUGCUCCUGAAAUCUUUGUGUGUGAUGCUUGUCAACGUGGAUGUAAUGGCCUUGCAUACAAUUGUGAUAGCUGCGACUAUGACAUCGAUGUCCCUUGCAGUUUGAUACCAAACAAACAUACCCAUGAAGGUCAUGAGCACCCACUUUUUCUUUUGAGCAGAGGCAAUGUACAGGUAGGCAAAUGUACCUCCUGUGGCGAAUCUGGAUUCCUGUUCUUUCGUUGUACUGAUUGUGAAUUUUCUAUGGACUUCCGCUGCGCUACACUACCGCGUACCAUAAAAUAUGGGCCCUAUGAGCAACCGUUCAUACUCUCUUACACGGCUGAGGAUGACUCUGGUGAGUAUUACUGUGAUAUUUGCGAGAAAGAGCGAGACCCGAAGCACUGGUUCUACCACUGUGCAGAUCUAGAUUUUGCAGCUCACACUGGAUGUAUUAAUCUGGGGAUGUCCCCACGUGUGAAGUUUGGGAGUACUUACACAUUCGACUUCCAUGAGCAUCCUCUCACCUUUGUUGAGAGGACCGAGGAUGAUCAAUAUCCUAAAUGUCAUGCUUGUCAUGGUGAAUCUUCCGGCGGUUCAUUGAUCUUCGUAUGUGUCAAGUGUGAUUUCAUUAUUGAUUAUGAUUGUUUGAUCAGUGAAUGA